AUGUCUACUAGUGCAGAUUUCGUCACAGCUAAGAAGUGGUUAUCGACAGGCAAGCUAGUACAUCCUCUGUCGAGCGUUACUUCGGUGGAUGUUAUAACAGCCCUCAUGGGAAAGUACCAGACGGAGGUAGCCAAGGGGCUUGAGAAGACUUUAUUGCGGACUGAGGCGCAGCAUACGGUAUUCGUAUUGUUGGAUGGUUGUGGUAUCAACGUCCUCGAGAAGCAUCUUGGUAAGGAUUCCUUCAUGAGGAAAAACCUCAUUGGCACGGUCAACAGUGUUUUUCCGGCGACCACAUGUGCAGCGCUGACCUCGUAUGGCACAGGGAAAUACCCUGCUGAGCACGGCAUGUUGGGUUGGACUACAGAAAUCGAUCGGAGAGUAGCGAUUCAGCCUCUGCCGUGGGUCGAUGCUGUGACUGGCGAGUCAUUGGAGGACACAGAGGAGAUGCGAAAGAAGGUUUUCCGUUUUGAUGCGGCUUAUGAUAAGCUCGAUAAGGAUGAGGUCAGGAUGUACCAGUUCUAUGAUGAUUCUCCCUUCACGAGGGCUAUUCGUGGGAAUGGUCCGAAGGUGAUCAAAACCAGUUUGACUGACUUACAGUUGGUCAUCGUGGAGGUGCCGAAGUAUUUGCAAGAGAAGACGGAUUCAAAGGAGACUACCUUCACUUACAUCUACUGUCCUGAGCCGGACACCACAGAGCAUGCCUUGGGUAUAGACGAUCCCGCCAUAGGGAUCAAACUCAACCAGUUGAAUGACCAGCUCGAGGAACUUUGGGCGGCAUUGAGUCGAACAUCGGGAGCAUCGGUACGGAUGGUAGUAUCGGCCGACCACGGACAACUGAAUUUGGAACAUGUCCGAGUUUAUGAUUCCCAGGAUGAGAGGAAAACAAGGCCUAACGUACUCGCGCUUGGCAGGUUGUUGAAGCUCCCACCUACUGUUGAGCCACGGUCAUUUGCCUUGCAUUUAGCCGAUGGUGUUUCGGUUGAUGAGGCCCGGGAGACCAUUCGGAAGGAAGCCCCGGAGCUCGCCAAGAAUUGGUUGUUGUUGACCCCGGAUGAGGUGGAGGCUCUCCGUAUAUUGGGUCCAGGGAAACUGUCAGAAGAUGCUAGAGAGCAGCUUGGGGAUCUCUUUGGCAUAACUGAUGGGCCUUAUGAGCUUACCUACUACAUUGAUGGGAAGUCCGGUACUGAGAAGUUAGUGGGACAGCAUGGAGGACUCCUACCGUCGGAGGUUCGAAUACCACUUAUUGUACUUGAUUCGACUCAGAGCGUUGAAAGGAUGCAGACUGAUCUCGCUACCAUAAAGAACGUGUAUUCAGCCGACUUCGCUAGUAGUCGCCCUUAGAGUCUUCAACAUUGCAGAUUGAUUCAAUGAUUAUCCUAAGUAUAUGGAUCUAUGUCGAGGACUGAUCCAUUUGUAGCUACAGUAUCUAUUCUGGACAUAUGUUUUGUG